GCAACGUACGGACUUGAUCCAUGCACAUGGCCCUGGGGGAGGCUCGAGAGCAGGACUCGUUCUGACGCUUGCGACGGCAGGGAAGGCGCCAUGGUCCACUCGAGGCAUUCUCAGUUGGGCUCUUCUCUUGAAAUGCCUGCAGAGUGGCAGCAUUCUCCACCAUCCAGCCUCCUCUUUGUUGGACCCCUCCAGGUUCCAGAGUUCCAGCCAUUGAAAACUGAAGCCACGCCUCUCCAGCUAGCGCCAUUUGCUUCCAUCAGAAGCCAAGGCUCAGAUAUUCAGCCUUUUGUUGAAGAGUUGCAACAGGGUUUGGCUAAUCAGGCCGAGGAGUUUGCUAGGGGAGUCGAGGGUACCAAGAGGAGGUUUAGAAACUUGGCCAGGGGUUUGAGAGAGGGUUUGCAAAAGGGGGGAAGCAGACUGGGACUGGUGCACAUGCAAACAGAGCACAAGAGCUGCCCUCAGCAUGACCAUGUUGGCACAAGAGGCCUUCUUUUUGCGUCCAUUUCCGAGAGCACGAGCGCCCCACGGAGGCGCAAGUCCCAAAGCUCAGGCGAAGAGGGAACCGACAAGAAGAUUCAGCUUGUCAGCAGUACCACCGUCACCAAGAAGGAGUUCACUGUGCAGGAUCUCCUGAUUGGGGCUGUUUCUGGUGGCGCCGCGGGGGUGUCUGUGGAGACAGCGCUCUAUCCAAUUGAUACCAUAAAAACCCGCCUUCAAGUUCUCUCCAAAGGAGGCAGCCUCAGCUUCAAGGGCCUCUACUCCGGAUUAAGCGGUAACCUCGCGGGGGUCCUACCUGCUUCCGCGAUCUUCGUCGCCAUUUACGAGCCCCUCAAGCAGCAUCUGCUCGACCGCUUCCCCGAGCAAUGGAGCUCCGCGGCGCAACUGCUCGCGGCCGGGGCCGGGGCGACCGGCGCGUCCAUUGUGCGCGUGCCGACCGAGGUCAUCAAGCAGCGGAUGCAGACGGGGCAGUUCACGUCAGCAGCGGGAGCCGUGAAGCAGAUUCUGGCCAAAGAGGGGAUGAAGGGGAUGUACGCUGGCUACGGGUCCUUCCUCCUCAGAGACCUUCCGUUUGACGCCAUCGAGUUUGUCGCAUACGAGCAGAUCAAGUUAGCCGUGCAAAGGACGAGGAAACGGAAAGAGCUGACGGCAGUCGAGACAGCGUUUGCGGGCGCGCUGGCGGGGGCUGUGACCGGGGCUGUGACGACCCCCCUGGACGUGAUCAAGACGCGGCUCAUGGUACAGGGUACGAACAUCAAGUACACGGGCAUCAUGGACUGCAUCUCGAAGAUGGUCGCCGAGGAGGGGGCCGGUUCACUGUUUAAGGGUGUUGGCCCACGUGUCCUGUGGAUCGGUAUUGGAGGUUCGAUUUUCUUCGGGGUCCUUGAAAAGACCAAGUCUCUCUUGACCACUGAGCUAGAGGCCCGCAAAGCAGCUAAGCCCACGACCGUUGUGUAAGUGCAAGAGAAGUUGAUUCUUUGGAAGCUGCUAUUCUUUGCAUUGCCAAUAACUGGCGUAGUGAGCACGUUGCGAGGUGGAGGCUAAAUCAUGCGCGCCCGGCCUGUAAGAAGGCAUGGAGAACCCCUCGUCUAAGAGAAGGUAACAUAGUGCGAUGCGUACAGAGAUGAGGUAGCCCACUCUAGAAAAGUCUGUGUAUGAUUCCAACGCUCGAUCUAUGGCCGUACGACUGCAAUGCUGUAACACGCCUACAACAUAUUGCGACGGUCUGGCGUCC